AUGAACAACGGCCAAGAAGCUUUCCGAAGAAUCGUCCUCCAACUACGGUCUGGCGGUGGCGGAAAACGCCCAGGCAAAGGUGCAUUUGCUGGAGGAGGUCUUCUCGCUGCAGUGGUAGGAGGAGCCGUGCUCAUUAACUCCAGUUUGUACAACGUGGACGGUGGUCACCGAGCCAUCAAGUACAGCAGAAUAGGUGGACUUAGGCCCGACGUCUAUGGCGAAGGAACCCAUUUUGCUAUUCCCUGGUUCGAAACCCCAAUCAUCUACGAUAUCCGUGCAAAACCCAGAAACAUUGCCAGUUUGACGGGAACGAAGGACUUGCAGAUGGUCAACAUUACUUGCCGUGUGCUGUCAAGACCCGACAUCCGCAACCUUCCUGGCAUCUACCGAGAACUCGGCUUGGACUAUGACGAGAGGGUGCUUCCGUCCAUCGUGAACGAAGUUUUGAAGAGUGUCGUUGCCCAGUUCAACGCGAGUCAGUUGAUUACGCAGCGAGCAGAACUUGGGAUUAACCUCAGUUUCAAGGUCUCCCGACUGGUCCGCGAGAACCUUACCGCUCGUGGAAUGCGGUUCGGCAUCGUCUUGGAUGACGUCUCUAUUACCCACGUAGCCUUCUCUCCCGAGUUCACCUCCGCCGUCGAAGCCAAACAGAUUGCACAACAAACUGCCCUCCGAGCCGCCUUCUUGGUCGACCAAGCCGUCCAGGAGAAGCAGUCGAUCAUCGUUCGCGCCCAGGGAGAAGCUCAGAGUGCUGAACUUGUCGGCGAGGCUUUGCGCAAGAACAAAGGUUUCUUGGAGCUCCGUCGCCUUGAGGCUGCCCGCGAGAUUGCCAACACCCUCUCCGGUUCCGGAAAUAAGGUUAUGCUCGAUUCGCAGAGCUUGCUCUUGAAUGUGGCGGGCGAUAGCGUAAAAGAUAUCCUCAAAGUAUCCAAGUAAUUACUUCGUACGCAUCCCCUAAUGUCGUAUAAUUUUAUUGCGUCGACCCGGGUUCGACCUUGGUCC